AUGAAGCGAGAUGGGCACCAAAGACUUCCCCAAAACACAGAGGACAUCAUGGUGCCCUUUAUCAGCCCAUCAGCAACACACCGCAAUGCCAACUGGGGCUGUCCUGCUAUAAACAAAUCAAAUAUCUCAAAUUGCAGAGGGAAAAUGGCACAGACCAAGGAAGAUGCCAUCUCGUCCACUUCUAGAGAGAGUCAAAUGACGGACAUCUGCAACGGCAACUUUCCCAAGGGAGGAGGACCCUCCGAAGCUCUCUGCAGUUGGUCUUUGGCGACCUCCUGCCAAAAGCCUCCAGGAAGCAAUGGAGGGAACAAGCAGCUUCGACACUUUGGCCAGCGGUGCAAAGAAAUCCCGCCCCCCAGAAUUACCCAGCAAGGUUUCCCCAGAAAGGACGUAUUUCUGUUCUGGACAAAGAAAGCUGGCAAUGGCAACGAGAUGGCCCCAUGGAGAUCAGGCUGCAAAAAGGCACACCAAGUGCAAGAGAUGUUGGACCGAUGUGAGGAACAAGAAGCAGAAGACUCAAAGGGAAGAUGCUGGUCUCCCCCCACCAGCCCUGAAACAACCCAGAGGAGGAGACGGAGAGAUCUUUUCCCAGACUCAGAGGUUUUCAGACAGCUGGACGCCCACGUUCUUCAUGUGAGCGAGCAGGUGAGUGGAGAAAAGAACGUCCCAAAGUUCUACCAUUUCUCCUUUCCGCUAGAGCUGCAGGUGGUCUUCCAUUUGUGUCUCGAGACCCUGAAGCCACCCCUCAUUGAGAAAUAACACACACAAGGACACAGAUCUUAGGUUAAUGUUAUUGGGCAAAUUUUGGCCACAACUUUAUUGAUUGCAGAAUGUGAGCGGUAUUGGCUUAGGCAUUGAAUGGACCCGACCAUAUCUGACUCCUGCCCAUUGCGCAGGAAGUCCGGUAAGGGUAAAUCACCGGAAGGGGGAGCCCCGUCGAUGCAGACCAACUCGAGCUCCCCCUGGUGUUCCUGUCAGGGUCGUGUCAUGGCCCUAGCCCUGCCCCGGGAUUCGGACAAGAUCCACACACCCGGAUUCCUUUAACGGAAUACCCUUAAGCUUGGAGGGGCAGGUGAUGGCCACACUCCCCUCCCCUUCAUAAGGUCAAACAAUGCCUAACUGCAACCCUAACAAAGUUGUGAUGAUUGCUACGAGGUAGGCGAAAACCAAAUGGCCUGUGCCAAUUUGCCAAGUGGAAAAAUUCCUACCUGGCCCCUCAACGGCAACCAACCAAGGGCCAUAGCGAGGCCAAUGACUAACCUGCAAAAUAGGGAGGGAGGGAGGGAGAUUGAGGAAGCGAGCCGAAGAGGAAGCCCUCCAGCUCGCGCCUCUGCUUAAAUGAAGCCACGCCCCCCCCCCCCCAGGAUUGGCUGGCCGGUCGCUGACAUGGCCGGGAUCCCCCGGGCAAUGGGAGACUAAGUCCCCCACCCCCAGAGGAGAGUGGGUGGCCACGUGGUCCACUGCAACUCCUCCCCCAGAGGAGAGUGGGUGGCCACGCGGUCCACUGCAACUCCUCCCCAUGGCGAAGUGGAGUGGACUUACACAGUCAUUGACUAAAGAUUUUAAAGCUCAGAUAGAAAUCAGCAGGGCUAAGGUUGAAGAGCUCACACCCAGAGGCAGUCUUCCACCGACUCCCAAACGCAAGCUGACAGUGGGGCAGGGAGCUGCCCCCUUCAAGGCCUGCUUGGGGGGCAUUUGGCUGGCCAUAGUGGGAGAAAGGUGGACCUUUGAGUUGGUCCUGCUACCCGGAUGGGUCACGGAUGAACAAUGUUUGGUCCCCUCCAGGCACUGUUGGACUCUGACAUCCAUCAGCCCCAGCCAACAUGGAAGGUGGAUGGGAGGAUGAUGGGAUUUGUAGUCCAGAGACAUCUGGAGGGGCCGCAAGCUGCCCAGUUCCUUCUCCAGGCGUUCUUUACAAAUGCUGAGCAGAAUUCCAACUGGGAUGGGACAGAGUAGCCUUCGCCAACCUAGCAUCCUCCAGAGAUUUUGACUACAACCAGCAUGGGCCGGCUGGAGCUGACGGAUGUCCUCAUCCAAAACACCAGGGUUGGCAAUGGCUGGGCUAGACAAAUGAAUGGCUGCUUAUCCUAUGAAACAGAUUGCUGCUGAUUGUCCAAAUCCCAACCUAUCUUCCCUAGCUGAAAACCAACCAGGAAUCCUGGUCCGUCCAGACCAUCGUUCCACUGAUUACCAAAGGAGCCAAUAGCCAGCUGGAGAAGGCGCGAGCCAUAUGGAUCUGGCUGUGCCACAAUAUCGGUAAGUGUGUUUUCAUGCAAACCUCCUUGGGGGUAUUUUUAGGGGGGCAGUGAUGUAUGGAUUUCAUAAGCCUAACCCACCUUUCUUCCAACAAGCAAGACAGAUUGGGUGCUUCCUAUCGUAACAACCUCUUGGUAAAGCGGUGUUUUGAUUUUGCUCCGCAAUAGAGUACGAUGUCAACGGCUUCUUGGGGUUCUCUGAGAAGAUCCACACCUCUGAGCAGGUCCUUCACACCGGGAGAGGCGUGUGCUCUGGGUAUGCCCAUCUAUACCGUGACAUGUGCAGGUAUGUGCUGCUGUGGCUUUUAACAUGUCCCAUCUCAAGGGCUGUCACAUGGAAGAGGGAAUGGGCUUCUUUUUUCCUGCUCUGGAGGGUAGGAUUUGAACCCAAGGCUUCAAGUUACAAGAAAGGAGAUUCUGACUAACCACCAGGAAGAACUGGUGUUCAACAGUGGAACGGACUCCCUCGGGAGGUGGUGGACUCUGUCAGGAGUUCAGCCUACACUCGAGUAGGACUCUGGCAGAGACACAUGCCGGACUGGCAUGUUCUCUCCCUCCUGGUCGAUCGUUCGGGAGCUUCAUAAGCUUUCUUCAGUCUGAAUAUCACAGCGACCGAUGCCAACCGACACCGGCACACUUAGGGAUCCACAGAGUUUGCGCAACUUGUGUGACAGACCUCAGCAACUCAGCAUUUUGGCUAAUCUACUUUAUUUGCAUAUAAACACACACGGAGCACUGCAACAUGGCUCCCUUUCUCUCUAGCAUCAGACAGCAAAGAAAAUGAACAAAGGACAAUAGUCCCACUUCACGGAACACAGGAACACAAACAUCCUGUCUCCGUCACUUCCCACUCUGUGGAGACAAAACAUAUACCGUCAUGUGAUAGACAACAAUCCCAUGACUGCAACCAUGGACCAGGAAUUCUAACAGACUCUCCUUCCUUAGUGGCUUUUAAGCAGAGGUUGGGUGGUCAUCUGUCAUGGAUGCUUUAGCCGAGACUCCUGCAUUGCAGGGGGUUGGACUAGAUGACCCCUGGGGUCCCUUCGAAUUCUAAGGUUCCAUGAUUCUAUGAUCCACCUCCUUAAAGCUUAGAGCAUCUCCUCAAUCUAACCAUUUAAAUGGAACACAUGGCACAUACAGGGGAUAUAGUCCAAUAUCUAUCCUCAGCCAUUCAUAGCCUGCUUCCAGGCCACUUCCACUAUUGUGCAGGCAUGAUUUCAUUGUAUAACCAGCAAAUUCUGGUUGUGCAAUUAAAAUGAAUUCAGUGCUCUUGAGCACUUGCGCAAUCCUCUUCCAAAAUAAACCCCCAAUGAUUAUUUAUUUUAUUUUAUCUUUUGGCGGUAAUAAGAAAAUGCACAGGAAAGCGUGGGGAUAAUGGCAGAUGUCAUAAUAUAAGUGCCAGUUAUUAUUGAGCAGGGCCAGAUAUGAAAGCCAGCCAGCCAGCUAAGAAACACAGAACGUAAGAACAGAUGAAAUGGCCUUAUACAUGGUUAAACCAUCUGGCUUCUGGCUGCAGACUGGCAAUGGCUGUCCAGGGAUGCAGGUGGGGGUCUCUCCCAGCCCUGUACCUGGAAAUACUUCUGGGGAUGCUCUGCCACUGAGCCAUGCUAUGAUAUGCACCUGGAGUCCAAGUGCAAGGAGCAACUUGGCAGCACCGUAACUCUUGUAUCCAGCUGCCCACCGCCUGUACGUUGAGUUUGCCCAGCCUCCAUGCCCUCUUGUGAAUCCUUACAGGGAAGCGGGCUUGACCUGCGCCGAAGUUUCGGGAUAUGGCCGAGGGGCCGGGUACAGCCAAGGCCAGAGCUGCCUGCAGAAGAAGUCCGACCACAUGUGGAACGCCGUGCAGUUGGGAGCCCAGUGGUUCCUUCUGGACGUCUGCUGGGGAGCAGGCCUCGUGGAUGUGGAGAAGAGGCUGUUCAUCCCCCGGUGAGAUCUCUCGGUGUUUAUAAGUUCUAAGCCCUGGUGUGUGGAAGGCAAGAGCAGCCCUGUCUGAUCAGACCACUAGCCUGUGGUUCAGAAUUUCCUAAAGCAGGCUUCCUCAACCUCGGCCCUCCAGAUGUUUUUUUUUAUUUAAAAAAAUCAUUUUUAUUGAUUUUCCAAUAAAAAACACCCAAUUAAAUACCCAGUCAGAAUACUUCAAUUAAAAUAAAAAAGAUCAAAUUAUAGUCCAAAUUGUAUUUAUUAAUUUCUCAGAGCUCCCCACCGUCUGGAUCUCUGAAGCAUAUCUCCACAUCUUAGUCCUGCUUCUCUGGCCCUCCAGCUGUUUUGAGACUACCAUUCCCAUCAUCCCUGGCCACUGGUCCUGCUAGCUAGGUAUCAUGGGAGUUGUAGGCCAAAAACAUCUGGAGGGCCAAGGCUGAGGAAGCCAGUCCUAAAGUAAGAAAACCAAAACGCAUGUUCUCCUGGCCUAAGGUUAAAAGCAACUGAGAGGCUGCCUUAAGCUUUGUCUUUGCAGGUUGCUAAUAUUUUAACACUAGGGUUGCCAUAUUCAAAAUCCGGACACAAAAGUUGUGGAGCUUUCUCCCCCAAAAUCUCAGUAAUAAUAAUAAUAACAAAAUUUGAGGGGUUUUUUAGGAAACUCACAAAAAAACCCACUACAGUCAUACCUCGGAAGUUGAACGGAAUCGGUUUCGGAAGUCCGUUCAACUUCCAAAAUGUUCAGAAACCAAAGCACAGUUGCAGCCAAUCGGAAGCCCCAUCAGACAUUCGCAAACCAGAACACUCCUGAGUUUCGAUUGUUCAUGAGCCGAGUUGUUUGGGAGUCAAGGCGUUUGAGAUCCAACGUACGACUGUACUUCCGAUAUGGGCUGCCAUACGCCGGGAUUUUCCCGGACAUUUUAACCGAUUUCUGAAAACUCCAGCCAGACACUAUUUUUGGCGGAUGAAUCCUGGAUAUAUCCAGGAAAUUCAGGCGGCCCUUAACUUAUUCCCCUUUUAAGAGUGAAACCAGAGUUUUCAGAUCAUGCAAUUGGGGAUGGACAAAUCUGCAGGGAGCAGCCAAUCCGGCCACUAGCCGGCCUCUUAUAGUUGCAAAUAACUUCGGAUCGGAUGCUCUGCUUCUUCCCCUUCACUGCUUUAAUUAGACACCAGAGCCACCCUUUGAUCAAAUGAUUAAUCUCCCGCUCCCCAGCAGGUUUAUUAGGUGGCCUGAGAUGUAAUUACGCGAGCCUCCUCCACACGUUUCAGACCGAGAGUAAAUAAUGACUUGCCUCAAAAGUUAUUAAUCGUGUUAAAUUAUUUUCCGCUAGAUGCAUUAUGCACUUGUCACUUUCCAGCCAAUGCAAAAUAAUAAGAGCCCGUGUGGCAUUUGCAACACCUAAUCAUGUUACGUGGAACAAAUUUGCUCUGGUGUGUGUGUGUGUGUGUGUGUGUGUGUGUGUGUGUAAGCAUGCAUGGGGAAGAGAGAUCAAUUUGUUGUUUUGAAUCUGCAAGGGGAGAGGAGCAAGGCCUUGAAACGUGAAGAGUUAAAAUGCGACUCUGUAGAUACUUUCCAGGGACCCACAUUUUCACGUUUACUCUCAAGCUGAGCCCGCACUUCCCUUUAAACAUGCAUUUCCUCAAUAUUUACAUUAGGAGAUUGCUGCCUCAAGAGGUCCGGAGCGUGGCAACACGAGAACAGGGUCUUCUCUGCAGUGGCUCCCCGUCCGUGGAAUGCUCUCUGAAAUAUACUCAGAGUCGCAAAGUGAUUUCAUGCUCUUUAUUCAGCUCAUAGUGGUGAGGAGGAAUGAAUGAAUGUCCCCUCAAAGUAUCUGCUUUAUAUACUUUAUUUACACAAUGGGCUGCGCAUGAUUGGCUAAUUCUGGAAUUCUACUGUAAGCCAAUCAGGUUGUGGAUUCACUUAUAUCUGGAGCAUGAUUGGGUGGUUCCUGCCAACCAAUCAUACUGCUGCAUUGUUCUAGGACCAAUCAGACAGCUGCAGUUUGGAUCCUAUUCAACUCAGUACAUAACACUCUCUGUAGGGAAGUUUGCCUGGCGCCUUCAUUAUACACCUUUAGGCACCAGGCAAAACCAUUCCUUUUUAACCAGGCCUUUGGUUGAUCUGUUUGGCAUCCUAUACCCUUUUAAAAUGUGGCUCUUUUUUUGGGGGGGGUGUUACUGGGUUGAUGUCUUUAUUCUGAUUAUAUGGGGUAUCCAAGAGCCCGUAUAGAGUCCUUAAGUGGGUUCUCCAUCGGUCAGAGAAAAUAACAGAGGCCAACCAGAUAAUAUUGAGAAGCAAAGCAGCUAGUAAGCCUGAUCUUUAUUGAACUGUUGCAACAGGGUGCCCCCUUCACACGCAGGAGAAGGAGGAGGACCCCGAAGAAAGGUGUGCCCGCCCUUAUACAGUGGUGCCCCGCAAGACGAAUGCCUCGCAAGACGGAAAAACCGCUAGACGAAAGGGUUUUCCGUUUUGGAGUUGCUUCGCAGGACGAAUUCCCCUAUGGGCUUGCUUCGCAAGACGAAAAUGUCUUGCGAGUCUUGAAUUUUUUCCCCUUCCCCCUUUAUCUAAUCUGCUAAGCCUUUAAUAGCCUUUAAUAGCCUUUUAGCAGCUAAUCCCUAAGCCUUUAAGCCUUUAAUAGCCGCUAAACCGCUAAUAGCGCUAAUAGCGCUAAUCCGUCAAUGGGCUUGCUUCGCAAGACGAAAAAACCGCUAGACGAAGACUCUCGCGGAACGGAUUAAUUUCGUCUUGCGAGGCACCACUGUAUAGACAUUUUAAAUUCCCUGCCCUGGAGCUCAAGACCACCCCUCCAUACAUCAUACAUACAUCACAGAAGGGGUGUAGCCCAAGAUCACCCCCCACAAACGUCAUACCUGCAUCACAGAAAAGGCUGUCUACAACAGAAAUUUGAGUGUUGUUGUUUUUCCUGUCUGCCAGGUUAUCUGAUAACGCCUUAUCUGAUUGCCUUUCCUGGUAGUCUGGCCAUUCCUUUGAGAUGGUGAUUACCCAAUUCCUGAGACAAUGGGGAGGUUCCCUCACCCCCUCCCUCCUUGCAGAGAAAACAUUUGGUCAGUUUGGAAGUCAAAAUGGUUUCAGGGCCGUCUUCCUGUGCUGCUCCAGACAUGUGGUCCACAUAUCUAUGUAUGUACUUGGUUGGUACAUUUAUGAACAUUUAUUAUAUAUAAAACCUUAAAUUUUUUAUUACAGUACUCCUUUCCCAUCAAUCCACCCACUUCUCAUCUUUUAACAACAGACAAGCCAUUAACCUCCUGUCCCCUUCCUUGUUUGCCAUUCUGGAAUGUGGUUUGUUUCAUGUGAUGUCUAAGGCGCCCCCCCCCCAUUUCCCCCACUCCCCCAGGCACGAGGAUUUUUUCUUCCUAACUGACCCUGAAGAUUUCAUCGAAAGCCACUGGCCUGAUGAGCCAAAAUGGCAGCUCACUCAGCCUCCCGUCCCACUGCAGAUUUUCGAAGGGAGAGUUUUCAAGACGCCAGAGUUUUUCAAACUUCAGCUUGCCCUCCUCUCUCCAGACACCUCCAGGAUUAAAACAGGUAUGUUCACAGCAGGAUGCUUUGGCACACUCAGAAAUUUAAUCCCGCUGAAAGGAAGUGGCAUGGCGUCAGUGGAGUAGCGUGGGUUUCCAGUGCCCAGGGCUGCGCAGGUUGGGUGGGAGGGAAAGAGAAGGAGUAAGCAAGUAAGCAUGUGCGUUCAAUUGCCUAAUGGCGUCCGUGUCACCCAGGGGAUCACAGCUGCAUAAAUUAAGAAAAGAAGAGUCAUUCCGUUGCUGGAGAGGUCACUUCCUGGUUUGCAUGGAGAAGCUGCUUUCAGUGGAGCCCAGGGACAGAAAUACAGAACUAUAUUGAGGCAGCAACGGAUGUUGAAAUUUUGAGCCCCUAACAAAAGCUUUCUAAAAUUUCAGGCAACCUUCCUCAAGUUGAUGCCCUCCAGAUGUUUUGGACUAUGACUCCCAUCACCCCAGCCAGUCCAAAACAUCUGGAGGGCAGUAGGUUGGGGGUGCUGCUGCUUUGGGGGUGUUUGGGGCAAAUACACACCCAAGGGAAGAGUUAGGCAAUUGUGGGACUGCAGUCAACCCCCCCCCCAAGGUUAACUGCUCUAGUGUGGUGCUCUGCAGUUAAAAACAGGCAAAAUCAAUCCCUCUCCCCCUUCCUUAUCACAGACCGAGGGGAAGCAACCAUUUCGUUAGCAAGUGCCCGUUCAACAGAGUUCACUUACCAGCUGUUGAAGCUUUGCCAGGACGACGACAGCAAAGAGGAUAUGGGCAAGACUCACGGGAUGUUAACCAUGUCUGACAAAAAGAUGGUCCUCAAAGUCUUCCCCCCAACCGAGGGGCUCUUCGAACUGCAAAUCUUUGCCCGCCCUUCCGAUUCCUCAAAGCCAUGCACUUGGGUGUGUUCCCACCAGAUCGAGUGCCUGGAGCCCCACCGGCAAGAGGGGUUGCCGGAUAAUCCUUUCGCUUUCUGGGGGCUCCACCCCAAAGCAAGUGAGUUUGGGAUUGAGGAGUGCAACUGGGAAGAAGACCUGAUCGUUGCCACCACGGGGACCCUAAGGCUGGCUUUGCAGACCCAGAGGCCUCUCUUGGCCACCUACGAGUUGGUUCAUCCAAAGAUGGACACCUCUCUGAGCAGGAAGUGUUUGGUGUCCCAAGUGGAAGAGCAGAAACUCAGCUGCCACAUCCUCUGUCCUUUCGUGGGCCACUACAGGCUCUCGGUGUUUGUCAAGGAGCUCGACGAAGACAAGUUCAAGAACGCCGUAAACUUCCUCAUACGCUGCUCCAGCCCCGUCAACCACAACGAGCUCUUCCCGUCGGGUCUCAGCGCACAUUGCGGAGCUGGGAUCAGCUCCCAGUGGAGAGGUCUCUCGAACCCCAGCCACACUGCCCCCAUCAUCAAUACCAAAAAGGGACGGUGCACUGUCACUUUUCGUACCCAGCCAGGCUUUGAAGUCACCGCCACUUUGGGCAAGGACAAAAUCACCAGCAAAACGUACCCGAUGGAAAGGUUCGUCUUGGUUACCCACCUGGAGAACAAGGUGAGCGUCUCCGUCUUGCUCCCUGAAUCGGGAGUCUACAGGCUCAGCUUGUAUGGGAGGGACGCCGAAAACAAAGAAUUUGUCCACGUAUGUGAUUACAUCAUCCGCUGCUUCACCAACCCCCAGUGGCUCCCCUUUCCCCGGGUCUACAGCUUGUGGAGGAAGGGGUGUGUUCUCCUAGAACCCAGGUCAGGAGUCCUGCAAGAGAAAAGCUGGGUGAGGUUUCGGAUCAAGAUGCCCGAGGCCUGCAGCGCUCACGUCGUCGGUCCUUCACGAUGGGAGCUGCGGCUGGGCCAGAACAAAGUGUGGGAGGGAGAGGUCUACACUGGCCUCGCUGCGACGAUGCUGAAGGUGGCCGUCAAAUUCUCCCGGGACUCCCCAAGCAUGGACGUCAUCCUCUCGUUUGACGUCGAAGGCUGUUCAUCAACUCUAAGCGACGCUUCGGGGUAA